UAAAUGUGCAGAGACUCAGAGGGGAGGCUCAGAGUUGUUCAGUUACGGCAUCUGAACACACACAUACACACACACACACACACACACACACAUACACAUACACUCAUUCACACACAUACACUUAUUCACAGCACAUAUUUACAUACAGCCACACACACACACACACACACACACACACACACACACACACACACACACACACACACACACACACACACACACACAGUUAGUUCUAAAACCUCAACAAGACAGAUAGCUAUACAGUCAUAUAGUAUUUCAUAUUCACAAACUCAUCAACAUAUAUUCACACACACACACACACACACACACACACACACACACGCACACACACACACUCAUGUUGCGGGAGCUGCUGUUGGUGUGUGUGGUGGGCAGCGUUGGUGCAGCUGUGGGCACGAGUGUGUGUCCCUCUGUGUGCUCAUGUCAACAGGAAGGAGCUCUGCUGAUUACCGACUGCUCCGAACUUGGACUAUCAUCCGUCCCUGAGGAUCUAAACCCCCUUACUUCUUACCUAGAUCUCAGCAUGAACAACAUCAGCGAAAUCCAAGCCAACGCUUUUCACGGCCUGCCCUUCCUCACCGAACUGCGUCUCUCUGGGAAUCAGCUCCGACACAUCAGUGGCUCAGCUCUGCAUGGCCUGACUGCUCUCAAAAUCCUGAUGCUGCAGAACAACCAGCUGGAGAGACUGGAGAGUGAAGAUCCCUGGGAACUGCCCAACCUGCUGUCACUACGUCUAGAUGCCAAUCUCAUCGCAGACAUUCCCACUCAGACGUUUUCAGGCAUGCGCUCACUGCGCCACCUCUGGUUGGACGACAAUGCGCUAACCGACAUCCCGGUGAGCGCGCUGAGUGACCUUUCGACCCUGCAGGCCAUGACCCUCGCUCUCAACCGCAUCACACACAUCCCCGACUACGCCUUUAGGAACCUGUCCAACCUGGUCGUGCUGCAUCUUCAUAACAACCUAAUCCAGACUCUAGGGGAGAACUGCUUCGAGGGCCUGCGCAGUCUCGAGACUCUCGAGCUGAACUUCAACAGUCUUCAAGAAUUUCCCGCAGCCAUCCGGACACUAAACAAACUCCAGGAGCUGGGUUUCCACAACAAUAACAUCAAAGUGAUUCCUGAGAGAGCAUUUGUGAGGAACCCUCUGCUCCAGACCAUUCACUUCUAUGAGAACCCCAUCCAGUUUGUUGGAAGAUCUGCUUUCCAGUUUUUGCCGCAGUUACACACUCUAUCUCUGAAUGGUGCCGCUGAGAUACAGGAAUUCCCCGACCUGACAGGGACCACCAGCCUGCAAGUACUCACUCUGACCCGAGCUGGUCUCACCAGUCUGCCACCUGAUCUCUGUCAACAGCUGCCCAAUCUCAGAGUACUCGAGUUGUCUCAUAAUGCAGUCGAGGAUUUGCCAAGUUUUUACCACUGUACUUCACUGCAGGAGAUUGGUCUGCAGCACAAUCGGAUCAGGCAGGUCGAGCUGAACACGUUUCAGCAGCUCGUAUCACUUCGAUCACUUGAUUUGAGUUGGAAUCAGAUUGAGAUGAUUCACCCAGACGCCUUCACUUCUCUGCACUCUCUGCUCAAACUUGAUCUGAGUGAUAAUCGUUUAUCCAGAGUCCCCCUGACCGGCCUGAGCAGUCUUACUCACCUCAAACUGAGAGGAAACACACAUCUGUCUCACUCCUUCAGAGAGGAAGAGCUACCAAACAUCAGGGUAAUUGAGAUGCCCUAUGCCUAUCAGUGCUGCGUGUUUGGAGCGUGCAACAGCUACAGAUCUGCCUCUCAGUGGGAGGAGUCAGCAGCCACAGAGGAGGAGGAGCUUCAGAAAAGAGCACUUGGCCUCCAAAUUCACUCUGACUAUGAUCCUGAUCUGGAGGAAUUCCAUGCAGCCAUUGAAGAGUCCAAACUCCAAACUAGUGUCCAGUGCACUCCAGUCCCAGGUCCGUUUAAGCCAUGUGACGCACUGUUUGACAGCUGGCUGGUUCGCUUGGGGAUGUGGAUCGUUUCUCUUGUCUCUCUGUUGGCCAACCUGCUUCUUGUGCUGUCAGUCUUCGCCUCGCCCAGCUACCUCUCACCCGUAAAGUUUAUCAUCGGCUCCAUUGGUGCUGCAAACCUGCUCACAGGGCUCUGCGUGUGCGUCCUGGCCCUGAUCGACGCUCUGACCUUUGGCGAGUUCGCUUCGUACGGUGCGCGCUGGGAAACUGGUGUCGGUUGCCGAGCAACAGGGUUCAUCUCUGUGGCAGCGUCGGAAUCGUCUAUACUGUUCCUGGUGCUUGCAGCGGUUCAGUGCAGCGUUUCAGUGUCGUUUGGAAAGUCGCCAUCUCACUCCAGCGUCCGGUGCGCAGCUGCGGGAUGCAUCACGCUUUCGCUGGUCUCCGCAAGUUUGCCGCUGCUAGGCGUUGGGAAGUUUGGAACUACCCCGCUCUGUAUCCCUUCGCCUCUCCCAGAUGCCCCACCCACCACACUGGGCUUUAUGGUAGCUCUAAUUAUGAUGAACUCCCUCUGUUUCCUGCUCAUCACCAGCACAUAUAUUAAGCUCUACUGGGAUCUGAUGAAGGGGAACUUUGACAGCGUGUGGGACUGCGCCAUGAUCAAGCACGUCGCCUGGCUCAUUUUCACCAACUGCCUGCUUUAUUGCCCCGUCGCCUUCCUCACGUUUGCCUCCCUGCUCUCUCUUGUACCAGUCAGCGAGGACGUGAUCAAAUCCGUCCUGCUGCUUCUCCUCCCACUUCCGGCAUGCGUCAACCCACUGUUAUACCUCCUUUUUAACCCGCAUUUCCGCGAGGACGCGAAGCUCCUGCUGAACCGAGCUCGCCUGGUGCAGGACCGCGUUCUCGACUCCUUUGUCUCCGUAGAGAUGGAGAAGAGCUCGUGCGACUCCACCCAAGCACUAGUUCCUUUUUGCUCCGAGGCAGACGCGAUGCUCGAGGGCUCGGUGCCACUCGUGCCAUGCCAGCUACAGAUGACGAAUAAAGAAAAUGACGCGAAGGAGGAGAUCGCGUGGAGCAAACGGAUGGACAAUCAGAGAGGAAGCGCUCUCAUUUCUGGAGUGUAUCAGUCUUCACAUCCCAUGUGCCUUUCGUAAAUCUGGGGCGGACAUUUUUCCCACAUCAGAACCCUUCCGAAUAGAAGAGACAUUUUUUAUAGACAUUUUCAUAUUAUUGCUUCAUAACGGAGUAAACAAAUAUAGACUCAAACUGUUGGACCCAACAACAUUAUAACGAUAUGAGAGGUGUAAUAAAUUCCUACCAUGACAUAA